AUGAUACUCAGCAGAACUCUUCAAAUGGACGGCAUUGAAAUGGCUAGCGAUACACUAAAACGUGAAGUUUUACCAGUUCUGAAAAAUGAUGGUGUAGCUCAAGUUGUUAAAUAUGACGAAUUAAUCAUAGCUUACGGCAAUAAGCUUUGUAUAAAAUACAGGGCGCAUAAGCAUCAUCAAUAUAUGAUCAGACAGCGUAUGAGACAAGCUGCUAGGUUUCUACUGAAAAUUAAAGAAAUACGUGACGAUGUACACGAUCUUGCUGCUUGCUUUCACCCUAAGUAUGUGGAUGACAGUAUUGCGGCAAUCAAUAAAAUGGCUAACAUUUCGGACAAUGCGGAUACUUACAGCGCCCCCACCACUGCCACUACUGUAGGUACAUUACUAAAAGACAUAGGGGACACAUUAAAAAUACAGUGUAUGAAGAAGGACGAGGAAGAGAGGAUUAAGCAAAUUGAUAGAUUUUUAAUUUUAUUGGUAGACGAAUUAAAAAUCAAAGUUAAUAGAACAGCAUUAGAAGACCAAAAAGACCGUACCCGGAAGAAAAAAGUUAUUUUACCCAGUAAGUCAGAUAUACAACUCCUUCAUAAGUAUUUGACAGUUAACAGGAGGAAAAUGUUUCAAAGCUUAAAAAAAGAAUUCUCAUUUGACUGUUGGAAAAAGUUAGCAGGCUUUGUUUUAAUAAGCGUUCAGCUUUUCAAUCGAAGAAGGGCCGGAGAAUUGGAGAGGGUGCGUAUUUGCGAUUUUGAGAGUUACCAAACCCUAUCUGCUGAAAACAAUGAUUUCUUCCUUACAUUAAAUCAGGAAUCCAAACAGACCGCCGAACAGUAUGUACGUUUUGAAAUAAGAGGAAAAUUGGGUCGUGGGGUGCCUGUCCUCUUACAUACAGAUAUUGUAAAGUGCAUUGAAUUAAUACUUCAUCACAGAAGUAGGGCAGGCGUUGAUGUAAAAAACCCGUUUGUUUUUGGCAUUCCAAAUCGAAGUGAUAGUUAUCACUAUUUACGUGCCACCGAGCUAUUAAGGAAGUUCGCAGUUGAAUGUGGCGCAGAGAAACCGACAACACUUCGUGGUACCGCGCUACGCAAACAUUUUGCUACAACAUGUGUUGCUCUUGAGCUCACCGAUAGUGAAGUCUCCGAUGUUGCAAAUUUUAUGGGACAUCACGAAAAAAUUCACCACAAGCAUUACCGGCUGUCUAUACCCGCUAAUGAUAUUCUUAAUAUGUCCAAACUUUUAGAGAAGGUUAUGGGGAAUGAUCCAAAUGAAAGUGAAGAAAGCGAAAAUGAAGAAAACGAUGAUCCACAAACUAAAAAUAUGUCAAAAUCAGGAGAGUUCGAUCCAUUUGAGAACGAGGGUGAGGAUCAUACUAAUAAUGCUACACCACCAUUUGCAAAAGCGGAGCACGUACGGAAUAAGGGUAAAGCAAUUGCAGAUCGAUAA